UGAAGUAAACAAACCGGUGUCGGGAGAGUUGAACACCUGUAUUGAACUAUGAAUCAAGUCAUGUCUCCUCUUUGACAGCGAUAGACAUGCCUGCUCGGACGCUGCAGGAGCUGGUGUCCGCCGCGGCCGCCCUGUACGGGGACAGGCCGGCUGUGGUGUACGGCGGCUCCGCGGCCGGAGCUCUGCUGUACAGGGAGUUGUCUGCACUGGCUGCAGAGCUGGCGCGGGUUCUACUGGAGAGCUAUUGCCCCAGCAACGGUGUUAUCGGUCUGUACUGCAGUGAUGAUCUGCUCAUACCUGUCUGGAUCCUGGGGAUCCUGCAAUGUUCUGCAGCUUACGUGCCCCUGGACCCAGAGGCCCCUGGACUUCUCUCUGCCAGAGUUAUGAGUCAGUGCGGGCUCAAGUACUGCGCUGUGAAGACGGACCUUGUGAAGCAAUUCCAGGCAGCUUUCAUCAGCUACUUAACUGUGGAGGUUUGCAUGGAGUUACCUAAGUUCAAACUGACGAUGAUGCAAGUGAAACCACUUCCAGUCGUGGAGCGUGAAGCUGGUACCCAACAAGCCGGAGCUCACCCAGCAGGCGGCGCUGUGCAUGAUGAUGCAUCAGUUUCGGUAAAAGAUGCUGGGCCUGAGGACUUGGCUUAUGUGCUGCACACGUCUGGAACGACGGGGCCUCCCAAGACCGUGAGGGUGCCACACAAGUGUAUUCUACCUAAUAUACUUCAUCUAAGGUCCUUGUUUGAAAUGAGUCCAGACGAUGUGGUAUUCCUGGCCUCACCCUUAACCUUUGAUCCCUCUGUCGUGGAUAUUUUCCUGGCUUUAUCAUCCGGGGCUCGGCUCCUCAUCGUCCCUGUCGUGAUCAAGCAGAUGCCCAGUCGGCUCGCUCAGCUGUUGUUCAGAGAUCACCAAACCACCGUCCUUCAGGCCACACCGAGCCUGCUGGUGCGCUUCGGGCAUCGCGUUUUAAAACGGGACAUCCUGUCACCCGGCUCCUCACUGCGGGUGUUGGCUCUGGGCGGAGAAGCCUGCCCAUCGCUGGCUCUGCUGAGCAGCUGGAGACACGAGGACAAUAAAACCUGCAUCUACAACAUCUACGGCAUUACCGAGGUCUCCUGCUGGGCCUGCUGUUACAAAAUCCCAGAGACUCUGCUGCAGUCCAGCGACACCGUGGUGUCCUCCGUACCUCUCGGGACUCCUCUGAUGGACACGGUGGUGGAGGUCAGGGACGAACUGGGCAGGGACAUCCAGGAAGGGGAAGGACAGGUUUUCAUAGGUGGAGAGGACAGGGUGUGUCUCCUGGACGACGAGGACGCUGUUGUCCCCGGGACGAUGAGAGCAUCGGGAGACUGGGUGGUUGUUAAAGACGGACAGCUGUACUACCAGGGGCGCAGAGACAGGAUGAUCAAGCGUAACGGGAAACGAGUGAACCUGGACAGCCUGCAGCAACUGAUGCUGAGCCUGCCUCAGGUGGAGGCCUGCGCCGUGGGGGUCCACGGAGGCUUCCGACUUCUCGCCUUCGUUGUGGCCUCCGCCGCCCCAGAGCAGAUGGCGGGCUCCGCCCUCUCGCCUGUUCAGCAGCAAGCGCAGGAAAACGUCUCUGCCUCUGCCGAGCAUCAGCAGAACCCGGCCUCCUCCGUCAAGCACCACCCGGAGGACCAGGAGGACCCGGGGGCCACAGAUGGAGAUCUCAAGAGGCUCAUCCUCAGCCAGCUGUCUCUGCUGCUGCCUUCUCACGGCCUUCCCGACACGCUGGUGCUCGUCCCGGCCCUGUGCCUCACCUCUCACGGGAAGGUGGACCUGGAGGCGCUGAUGAGAGCGUACGAAGGACAGAGGCGGCGUUUACAGUCUUCACCAAGAGAUGCCGGCAAGCUGAAGCAGACUCUCCAGGCUCUGUGGAAGGAUACGUUAGGUCUCCCUGGAGAUGCAGCCGUUGACGAGCAGUCCCACUUCCUGUUCAGCGGAGGAGACUCCCUGAAGGCGCUGCGUCUCUGUGAAGACAUGGUCGCUGCCUUCGGAGGGUCCUCACCGCAGCUUCUGGAGGCGAUACUCGACGGGACCUUCUCGGAUGUUCUCCGCCAGGUGACCCUGACUACGUCUCUGGAAAACGGCCACUCGUCGCCACCCAAGGCCAAGAAACGCCACGCCGAUCCUCCCAAUCCGGUUCAGCCAAAGAGGGGGCGCAAAUCCCCCGGGACGCCGCGGUCGGGGACACGGGGUGUGAAAGUGGUGAGACGAGCAGGGGAGGUGAUAGAAAUGAACACCGGGAGGAGAGACUCCACAAAAAGCCUGCAGGGUGCCAGGCUCGGAGGACAGGGCUCCAGCGGAGAUGUUGACCUGGAGCUGGGGCUGAGCUGGACCUCAGACACCGGCAGAUGCGUGGACGCCUCGCCCGUGCUUCUAGUACGAGACGCAGCGGAGCAGAGCUCCCCUGCGGCCAGGGCAACUGUGUUCAUCGGUUCACACUCCCACAGGGUGCAGGCUUUAGACCUCGGCACCGGGAGUCUCCUGUGGGAGCGGGUUCUGGGAGACAGGAUCGAGGCCUCGGCUGCCGUGUCUCAGUGCGGCUCCCUCGUGGUCGUAGGAUGUUACGACGGCUGCGUAUAUUUCUUAUGCGCUGAAUCUGGAGCGACGCGGUGGGUGUUUGAGACGGGGGAUGCAGUGAAAAGCUGUCCUGCUGUGGACCCUCUCACUGGUCUGGUGAUGGCGGGCUCCCACGACGGCCAUGUUUACGCCCUGGACCCGCAGGCUCGUCGGUGUGUUUGGAGGCGCCACUGCGGCGGCGGAGCUGUGUUUUCGUCCCCACACCUGGACGUGUCACGCAGACGGCUGUACACGGCGUCGCUGGGAGGACACCUGCUCUGUUUGAACCCAGAGGGUGGAGAAGUCCUGUGGUCAUACAGCAGAGACCACCCUUUCUUUUCAUCACCAAACUGCUCCAACGAUGGCGUUGUGAUCGGCUCGGUGGAUGGAAACAUCUGCUGCCUCAGCGACACCGGGGAACUGCUGUGGCAGUUUUUAACAGAGGGACCCGUCUUCUCCUCCCCGUGCUUCAUACCAGAACAGCAGAGGCUUCUGUGCGGGUCACAUGACGGUCGUCUGUACUGCCUGAACUGUGCAGAUGGUUCUUCAGCUUGGACCUUUCAGACCACGGGCAAAGUGUACUCCACCCCCUGCGUGUUCGAUGGCUCAUGCGUUGGCAGAAGGGGGACUCUGGUGGGCCUGGCCUCCACGGACGGGACAGUCUGGAUCUUGGACGCACUAAAUGGACAAACGCUGGCCUCGCACGACGUACCCGGGGAGCUGUUUUCCUCCCCAGUGGUGUGGGAGAAGUCUCUUGUGAUUGGGUGUCGUAACGAUUAUGUGUAUUGUUUAAGCCUAACCGUGAAAAAAGAGACUUAAAACCAUUUAAUGUAUUUUUAAUAUUCAUAUUUUUAUAAUAAACACAGUUUCUGUGUCAAAGCAGUGAGGGUGCUCUGGAGAAAGGGUUGGAUGGAGGAUCUACAAAAGCCUUUUUUAAUCCUAUGAUUUUCUUACGUAAAAAUAUUAUAAAAACAUCGGAUAAUAGUGGGUCUUAGUAUCACAUAAAUAAAAC